AUGCGAUUCUCACCUUCUCCCAUCCUGGUAGGCGUCCUGGCCGCGUUCUCACUCGGCUCAAAGGUCUUCGCCUUGCCAGAAAUCACAAAGUCUCUUUUUGACUCGGCACCAAGUACUUUUGUAUACUUUGAAGAUAGCCCGAAUCUUCUCUAUCUCGAUGAACAAGGCUCUCAGCUUAGAAAAUCUAGAGACGAUGGAAAGUCUUGGACUACCGUCGAUCUUGGGAACUCGGACCCCAUUACCAACAUCAUCACUCACCCUUCUGACAAGAACCGCGCUUACGUUGUUACUUCCGGUAAAACCCACUAUGGUACCAAAGAUCGUGGCGAUUCUUGGUUUACAAUUGAAGCUCCUCUUAGACCUUCUCCUCAAGGCUCCGCUUUUCUUUUCCAUGGCUCCAAGUCCGAUUUUGUUCUUUAUGCUGGUAUUGACUGCUCUGACGAUGCGUUUUAUGAGGGCCAGUGUAUAACCAAGUUUUCAUAUACCACUGACAACUUUGCAAACCCUCCAAAGCAUUUGAUUGCUGCUCACCAAUGUCUCUUUCUCCAGGCUAACAAAUACUUUACUGCCGGAAAUGAAAACACCGUUGUCUGCUCGGUCAACUCAGAGCUUGAACCUAAUAAUAAUCUCCCUAGCAAUCGACGUGUUGUUCUUUCAUCCGACUGGUUCAAAACCCGUGAGUAUGCUCGUCUUGAUGGCGAAAAUAUUCGCGGCGUUGUCGGUCUCGGUGUAGCCUCCAAGUUUCUCGUGGCCUCUGCCAAGCACAAGAACAACAAAUAUGUUUCUCUUCUCGUCUCCCUCGAUGGCAAAACCUGGGAUGAAGCUGAGUUUUUGGAUCACGACGGCUCUUUCACACAGUUUUCAAUCACCAUUCUCGAAUCCAGCACACAUUCUCUCCACAUUGAUGUUCUCAAGGACGGCUCGGACAUGAGUGGCGACUUUUACAUUUCAAACUCAAACGGUACUUAUUUCACAAAAACUUUGGAACACACAUACCGCAACUCCCGUGGCUUUGUCGACUUUGAAAAGCUUGAAAAUGUGGACGGUAUCCUCAUUGCAAAUGUUGUUUCCAACUGGGACAAACCUGACAGCAAUGGCAAACCCCCUCUCCGUACUAAAAUUUCUUAUGACGAUGGCCGUACUUGGAGCUAUCUUUCUGUUGACGAUUCCGAGUGUAAGGGUGACGAGUCUUGUGGCCUCAAUCUUCACUCCAUCUCUGACAAAAACAAUGUCGGUAGAAUAUUUUCUUCUCCUUCCCCCGGAGUAAUUGCUGGUAUUGGUAACACAGGAACCAGCCUCAGUGCCUAUGACGAUGGCGACAUGUACGUUUCGCAUGACUCUGGUCUUACUUGGAUCCGUUCCCGCUCUGAUGCCCACAAGUAUGAGUUUGGUGACUCUGGUAACGUUAUGGUCGCCAUCAAUGAUGAAGGUAGCAGCAACACAAUGUCUUACUCUCUUGACCGUGGUAUCUCUUGGAAAGACUUUAGCUUGGGAACUGACUUUAAGCCAAAGUACCUCUUUACCACUCAGGAUUCCACUUCUCUCCAGUUCAUUCUUAUGGGCAAACCUAGCGACAAUAAGGAUAAGUUUGCUGUUUACUCCAUUGACUUUGACGGCAUUUUCCCCCGCCAAUGUGAACUCAAAGAAGAUGGUACAGCCGACUUUGAAAAAUGGUAUGCCCGUUGGGAAGACAGAACCAAUCCCUCUUGCAUCAUGGGCCAUAAACAAUACUUUUGGCGUAAGAAAAAUGAAGCCAAGUGCUACGUUGGUAACAAGUACAAUGAGCAAACCGCUCUUGAAGAAACUUGUGUUUGCACUCGUGCUGACUUUGAGUGUGAUUACAACUUUGUCAAGAGAUCUGAUGGUACUUGUGUCCCCACUGAUGCCUUUGUCGAAGACAAAGGCUUGUGCCCUGAAGGCAAGUCCAAGACAUACACAGGGAAAAGUGGUUACGUUCUUAUUCCAGGAAAUAAUUGUGUUCGCCGUGAUGGUGGUGUCAGCAUUGAUAAGCCAGUUUUGAAGAAUUGUGAUGGUACCCUUGCUGAUCCAAACGCUGACCAUGGUGGAGAUGAUGACAGCAACCAUAAUGACCCUGACUUCCGCGGCGUUCGCUCUAAGAUCACCGACUUUUCAGGCAAGAUUCUCGACUAUGUUUAUCUUAAGACUGACCAAAAUUUCCAUGCUGAAGAAACCGUUCUUUUGAGAACUGACGAAAAUAAAGUCUUUAUCAGUCACAGCCAUGGCUUCCAGUGGGAAAAGGUUCCGACCGAUAAGGAAAUCAUUUCAAUCUACACUAACCCCUAUUUUGCGAACCAAGUCUACCUCAUUACCACUGCUGAAGAAGUAAUUUACUCUACUGAUCGUGGCCACAAUUGGAAGACUUUCCGUACUCCGGCUCAGCGCAACAAUAUGGGCAUCCCCUACCUCACUUUUAGUGAGAAAAAUGCUAACUGGAUUAUUUGGGCCGGUGAGAUUGGCUGCGAAAACCCAUUUUCCCCCACAUGCCACACCGUCGCCUAUUAUUCUCGCUCCGGUGGUGAGCGCUGGAACCUUCUUCAAGAAAAUGUCCGUCGUUGCUUGUUUGCAAAUGGCCUUGAAGCAUCAGAGUCUGACCGCCGCAUCUUUUGUGAGCGCCUUUAUACUUCUCAGGAUGGCCAUAUCAAAAACAAACUCAUUACUUCCGUUGAUUUUUUUGAAACCUAUGAGACACCUUUUAUUGAUAUUAUUGGGUUUGCUCUAGAACAUGAGUUCCUCAUUGUGGCUACUGUUAAGGAUGAUGGAGAAUCUCUUAAUGCUUAUGUUUCUGUUGACGGCACGAGUUAUGCUGAAGUUAGAUUCCCAUCAAACUUUAAGAUUGGCAAGCAACAAGCUUACACAAUUCUUGAGUCAAUUACCCACUCAAUUUUCCUUCACGUCACCACAAGCUCUCGCGCAGGAUCCGAAUUUGGUACUAUUCUCAAGUCAAACUCCAAUGGUACUGACUACAUUUCUUCUUUGGAUCUUGUCAACCGUAACGAAGAAGGCUUUGUUGAUUUUGAAAAGAUGAUUGGCCUUGAAGGUGUUGCUAUAGUUAAUGUUGUUGAAAACCCUGAAGAGGCCUUCCAAGGUUCAAGAAAGAAACUCAAAACUAAAAUUACCCACAAUGACGGUGGUGAGUGGGCUUACAUUCGUCCCCCUAUCUAUGAUUCUGAGGGCAAUAGAUAUAAGUGUCCAGGCUCUUCACUUAAUCGCUGUUCUCUCAACGUUCACGGUUACACUGAGCGUGUUGAUUAUAGAGAUACCUUUUCUUCCGGCUCAGCUGUUGGUAUGAUGCUUGCUAUUGGUAAUGUUGGUGAAUACCUUACCCCUCUCCACAAUGGCAACACCUUCUUUACCAAGGAUGGUGGCAUCACCUGGAAAGAAAUCAGAAAGGGCGCCUACAUGUGGGAAUUUGGUGACCAAGGUUCUAUCAUUGUUAUUGUGAAUGGCCGUGACAAUACCAAUAUAAUUUACUACACUAUUGAUGAAGGGACAACUUGGCAAGAGUACAAGUUCAGUGAUGAUCUUGUUCGUGUUGAAGAUAUUGUCACUGUUCCCUCUGAUAAUUCUCUUAAGUUUUUGCUUGUUGGCCGUCCACCUCUUAGUCGUGGUGAACGUUCCUUAACGAUUCAACUCGACUUUUCCUCGAUUUUUAGUCGAAGCUGCGUUUUGGAUGAGAACAACCCAAAUAAUGAUGAUUUUGAUUUGUGGACCCCUUCACACCCCUUCCAAGCCGACAAUUGCUUGUUUGGUCACGAGACCCAGUACUACCGUAAGAUCAAGGGUCGUGACUGUUUUGUUGGCCGCUCGCUUCUCAAGCCCUACCAAGACGUACGUAACUGUACUUGUGGCCGUCAAGAUUAUGAAUGUGAUUUCAAUUAUGAGCCUGGCGUCGAUGGCGCCUGCCAUUUGGUUUCUGGUUAUACCCCACCUGACCAUUCUCUUAUUUGCACAGAAAUGCCUGGCACCAUAGAAUACUGGAUCCCGACUGGCUACCGUCGCAUUCCUCUUAGUACUUGCGAAGGUGGCCGCGAGUUUGAUAAGGUUGAAGCUAAGCCCUGCCCUGGACGAGAAAAGGAGUUUGAAAAGAAACAUCGUGGGCUGCACGGCUUUGGAUUAUUCCUGGUGAUUGUUUUGCCCAUUGGCAUGACUGCAGUUAUUGGAUACAUUAUGUGGGAUCAUUUCUCCAAGCGCUACGGCCAGAUUCGUUUGGGUGAAGAGGAAGAGAACCAGAAUAUAUUCAUCAAUGCCUUUGUUGUCUCUGUUGCAGCUGUCAUUGCAGUUGUAUCAGUGGUGCCCGACUUUUUCCGCAGCCUGGUGCGCACUGUUCAAAACAAAUUCAAGCGCUCGCGCCGGUUCACGAGCCGUCGGUCGCUUGCCCGCGGGAACGAUUACAGCGUCGUGGCAGCUGCCGAAGACGAGCUGCUGGGUGAUGACGAGUCUGACAUUGGACUAGACGAUGAUGAGCAGCAUCACAGUACCUAG